AUGGGUUCUCUUCCUAUAAUGGAGAUACCUUAUAGAGCAGCCAUGAGUGGAAAUUGGAAAAGCAUGCGUGACCAUUAUCAGGAACGUGUUCUAGAUGUGCCCUUCCCAGUUACGCCCUCUGCGGAUACUGCACUUCAUUUAGCUGUGUACAGCAAACAAAAGCAACCACUUAAAGAUUUACUUGAAAUCGUGAAGGAUAUACAAUUCUUUUUACCUGAUGAGACCGAAUCCCUUGUAACUGAGACAGAGUCCCUUGUAACUGAGACAGAGUCCCUUGUACCUGAGAUAGAGUCCCUUGAACCUGAGAUUGAAUUUCUCAAGAGAAAAAACAAUUUUGGAAAUACGGCUCUUCACGAGGCAACCAUCUACGGGAAUUAUGAGGCUGCAAGGCUCUUGGUAGAACGUUGUCCGGGCCUCCUUAAGGAAAAAAAUAACUACGGUGAAACCCCAUUGUUUACAGCUGCUGGAUUUGCUGAGACAGAAAUAGUGGAGUUUUUAAUCACUUCCAAACCAGAAAAAUGCGUGGAUGAUAAGUGCCGCCUAUUAUCAAUUCACCGCAAGAGAACGGAUGGCCUGUCUAUCCUUAGCGCUGCUAUCACAGGGCAACACUUUGAAACAGCUUUACUGUUGCUAGAACUGGAUGACUCGCUCCACAAGUUGAAGGACAAAGACGGCGUAACUGCUCUUCAACUUCUAGCCCAAAUGCCAACCGCUUUUGAGAGUGGAUUUCCCAUGGACAUAUGUGAAAGACUCAUCUACUGCUGCCUUCUUGUUAAACGUCACCACGAGGUAAAAUCACAGGUAGAAACUUGGUUGAAGAAAAGAAAGAUGCCGGAGAGGAAACCAAGAGGCGGCAUACUGAAAUAUUUAAAAGUCCCUGAAGUAGGAUGUUGGCUAGAAGGAUUCUGGAACCAGAAAAGAAUGCAUGUAUUUGCUUUGAGGCUCGCCGAAAUCCUAAUAAAGAAAGAUGACUCAUUGAAUAAAGUCAGCACAACAGAGGAAGGACUGAGUGGGAAAGAAUAUAGAAAAGGGAGAAAACAAAUGCAUCGAGUUGUUGAUAAGAAGGGCAACACAUUGCUGCACCAUGUUGCAGAUAUGGAGCAUUACAGAGGAGGAACCAAGCCUGGACCUGCACAUCAACUUCAGGAUGAGUUGCAAUGGUUUGAGCAAGUUAGAGAGGUAAUUCCUUCUCAUUAUGUCAUGCUUCGGAACGAGGAUGGCAUGACUGCAAGAGAACUCUUCUUCGAGCAGCACAAGGAGCAACUGAACAGUGCACGAACGUGGAUCAAGGAAACAACUCAGUCUUGUUCCACAGUAGCUGCACUUGUUGCUACUUUUGUCUUUGCUGCUGCCUAUAUUGUGCCUGGCGGUUCUGAUGAGAAUGGUGUUAUGUGUGUUGACACAAAUGACUGGUGGCAGUCAUGGUUAACAUGGUUAUAG